GGUGGCGGCGGCGGGACGGACGGACGACGGACGGACUCGCACUCGGGCGGCCGGAGCGGCGAGGCGAGGUGAGGGGAGGGAGCAGCAGCACUCGGGCGGAGGGCAGCGACAGACACACACACACACACACGGAGAGAGAGCUGACGGGCUGGCAGGCAGGAGCCUCGGGGCGCCCGCUGCCGUUUCUUCCACAGCCCGCGAGGCAGGUUACAACAAAGCAAACCAUGAACGUGGGUACUGCUCACAGUGAGGUGAAUCCAAAUACCCGGGUUAUGAACAGCCGGGGAAUCUGGCUGUCAUAUAUCCUAGGCAUUGGGCUACUUCAUAUCAUUCUCUUGAGUAUCCCGUUCUUCAGCGUGCCAGUGGUAUGGACGCUCACCAAUAUUAUUCACAAUAUGGGCAUGUAUAUAUUUCUGCAUACGGUAAAGGGAACGCCAUUUGAAACUCCAGACCAAGGAAAGGCACGGCUGCUGACGCACUGGGAGCAGAUGGAUUAUGGAGUGCAGUUUACAGCCUCACGCAAAUUCCUCACCAUCACGCCCAUUAUCUUGUAUUUCCUAACCAGUUUUUACACAAAAUACGACAAGUUGCAUUUUGUUAUAAAUACGAUUUCACUGAUGAGCGUCCUCAUCCCAAAACUCCCUCAACUUCACGGAGUCAGGAUCUUUGGCAUUAACAAGUACUAAACACAGCACGACGGCAAGUGAGAAAGGAAAAGCUACUGUGACAACCGACUGCAGAAAGGACACAACAUGUUGCUCAGACAUUAUACCCUGCACCCUUCAGACUCUUAGCAUGGACAUUUUAUUAUAAUUGGUAUAUUUGUGAGUGAAGCAGCUCAAUGUGGUUGAUGAGGUAUCUCAUUAAAUAUUUGCAGUGCUUCGAAUAGAAAGCCUGCUUUUUUUUGUUUACUGCUUAUAGAUCCCAUUUUCUCAGACAAUAUUUUUGAUUCUUUGGCUGCCAUAUUGUUAUGGAGCUUUUGAUAUUGUAGACAUUUAGUUGAUAUGGGGUGCUAAUUUCACUGUCUAUUGACCAAGCUGUUAUCAGAGUAUAACUUGUAGAUAUUGUAAUGGAAGUAGACUUAUGAAGGUACACAGUUUGAAUAUUUGCAGGAAAUGUGUUUUGCAAGUUACAAUGGAAACAAUUGGUAAAAAAAACUAUAAUAUCAGAGCAUUUGAUGCCCCAACAUGGUAGGAUUAGGGGUCCUUUUCUUUGCUGAGGUACUUGGAAAAAUGGUCUAGAUGGCAUAGAAGCCCCUCAAGAAACGGUGCUGGUCUUACUGUGCGUUUUAAUUGCUUUUUUUUUGGCGGAUUAUUAUUUAUUUUUUGUUCUUGAUCUCAAGUGUUCAGUGUUGUAGAAUGUGAAACACUAGUAAAAGGGUGAGUUUUGAAACACAGCUCAUGAAUGUUUGGUUUUUAAAAAGUUGGAUUCCGGAUACAUUUUCUAAAAUAUACAAAGUGUUAUGUAAUACAGAGCCCAUGCGUUAAUCGAGGACAAGUGAGGCUGGAUAAUUAAAAUUAUCCAAGAAGUAGGGAAUCUCAGAAUGUGAUUUUUUUUUUUUAAACGUACAAAAACAAAUCAGGAUGUUAAUUGUUGGAAUACUGUAAAACUUCAGCAAUCAUGCAAGUUUCCUGUAAAUUUGCCUUUUUAAAAACACAAGUCUGGUUGUCUUACCUAUUCUGUCAUUCCUUCAGAAUAUAUUGUAAUUUGACUGAUUGAAAAAAAUGCGGUACGAUGCUCUUAAUUGUUUUAAUUUUUACUAGAUGGUAGUGAUGUACCUGACUUUUAUAAUCUUGUAAUAUACUUGCUGCAAACUUGAAGUGCAGGCUCGUUCAUACAUACAGUUUGCCCUCCUUGCUGCCUGUUAGAACUACUAAAAUCAAUAGCACUGUGAAUCAUGAUUUUAAGCAAUAAUAUAUGGAAGAAUACAAAGAGAAUACAAAGCAAGGGAUCAAAGAUAAGCAUGAACAGGAGAUUCCUUGUAAGGGAUUGUAUAUAGAUUGCUGAACCUUUAUCUUUAAUAAUGGUAGUUUUAAACCAGUCCUUGCUAAAGAGCCAUCAAUUGUAAAAAAAAAACUCCAAGCAAAAUUCCUAAUUCCCGAAAUUGUAGAGUUUGAUUUCGUGCAAUUUGGCAAAAAUCUAUAUGAGCCUUUAUAUUAACUGACUGGGGAAAAUGCUAUCACAACUGAACUUAGCGAAAGUGAUCCAGAAAAUGCUGAUACUAUAUACUGUUAUGGUCAAGAGGUUAGAAACAUUUGCUUUAGAGGAUACAAAGUAUUGAUUUCCUCACUGGUGUCCAAGACAAAAGUAGUUGUCAUCCACUCAACCUACUGAUUCAAUUAGUUUGCAUAGGGAACUCCUUAGCAAGAAAACAAAGGCAGGGAAUGACUGGGGUGGGGGGGGGAUAUGAAAUUAAUCAACUCACCCAGCCUGCUGAAAUGUAAUUGUGAAUAUGUUACUAGUUUUCAGUUUGACUUUAAACCUAGAAUACUAAUCUUUGGAUGAAAUCUGCCAUAUAUUUGAUUUUAAAAUACAUAGUCCUACAUUGAGAAGAGUAUCCUGAAGUGUUUAUGGUCAGGAGCCCACAUGGGAUUGUCUACCAGUGUGAUCAAAUGAGAAUGCUCCACAAUUGGCAAUAACAGAAAGUAUACAAUAUUAUUUUUUAAUCUGGAUUUAAGUAUUAACCUCUCUCUUGCACUAAAUUGUAGGGGGGAAAGCUACGGUUGCACUUUUAAAAUAUUUACAAGCUGACACCAGUCUGCUACAAUCUAAGGGAAAGCAAAAGGAAAACAUGGAUUAGAGGAUUUAAUUGAAAAUCAGAUGCAAAAACUCGACUACUUUAAAAAAAAGAUAGACUUAAAAUUUAAAUUCCGAACAAAACAUUGGUAUUUGUAGCGUUUAAGCCUGCCAUUGCUAAGUUCCUGCAGAAGCAAGGAUCACGGACACAAUCAGCUGCUUUUUGACUAUCAAUUACUGAAGGCUGUUUGUUGAAUUUCAUUCACAAGCUACCAUGAAACUAUCAGAAGAUUUUAUUUUGUGUCAAGUUGUUUAAAUGCUCUGGGGGUGCCAGUGGAAAAAGUUGAAUUGCUGUAAUCAGGUUUUUGUUAAACAUUUAAAAAUAUUGUUUCACUAUCCUACUCUGAUGCCUUGUACAAGAUAGUUAAAGCCUUGAAUUUUAUAGAUUUUGAAUGCUGGUAAUUAUGUUAUGGAAGGUGGUUUUUAUAGUAUUUUGAUGGGUUCUGGAUUGUCAAAAAUGUAACAAUGGUAAAGGACAGUAUUUUUGGUUUAACUUUGGAGCAUCCUUCUACUUCCAAUAUGUAUCUUAUCAAAUGGUAAUAGGUGAUUGACUGGUGCGAUAAACAGUGCCAGUUCAAAAAUAGCAAACGUGGGCAAGUUCAGGAUAACCCAUUGUCAAACUACUGCACUAUUUUUUAUAGUGGCUAUUAGAGGUACGAAUUCCAAAUCUAUUUUGGUGAAAUCUGAAUAUGUGCCAGAGUGAACAUUUUGAAUUUUAUACCAGUCUAUCAGUUGUGAUAUGAACUAUUGAAGAAUUAUUUGCAUUGGCGGCGAGUGCGUUUGAACAUAUUGUCAUGUAUUGUAAAUAAGAGUUAAUUUAGCAUCUGGCAGCAAAAGGAUCUUGUACGCCAACUGCCCUUCUCUGCAGAUGUUUUUCACCUAGGUCUUUAUAAGAUAGUGUGAAUAAUAUUUUUAUUACUUUGUAUAGUAUUCUGAUAUUUAAUAAAAGUCAGUAUUCAUGUAA